GGAAGGAAGGAGGGAGCCGGGGAGCGGGCCCGGGGAGCGGAGGCUAGGCGAAGUCGGCCCUGGGAGCUUGGAGGGUCGGGGAGGAGAGAGAGAGGAGAGCGAGUGGGAGCGCGGGCGAGGGCGAGCGAGCGCCAGGCAGAUCCUGCGGGGGCGGAGGCGGCGGUCGCAGCGGCGGAGCCGGGAGCUGGAGCAGGAUCAAGUCUUUCAUACCAGAGACCAGGCUAAAACCAGACUUCCACUGACCUCCACUUGGGCCCCACUGUCCUCAGAAAGUACCUGCUGCAGUCAUGGGCAAUAUCUUUGGAAAUCUUCUGAAGAGCCUGAUUGGGAAGAAGGAGAUGCGCAUCCUGAUGGUGGGCUUGGAUGCUGCAGGAAAGACCACCAUCCUGUACAAACUGAAACUGGGGGAGAUUGUCACCACCAUCCCUACCAUUGGGUUUAAUGUGGAGACAGUGGAGUAUAAGAAUAUCAGCUUCACUGUUUGGGAUGUAGGUGGCCAGGACAAGAUUCGACCCCUCUGGAGACACUACUUCCAGAACACCCAAGGCUUGAUAUUUGUGGUUGAUAGCAAUGAUCGGGAACGAGUAAAUGAGGCUCGGGAAGAGCUGAUGAGGAUGCUGGCAGAGGAUGAGCUCCGGGAUGCUGUGCUCCUCGUCUUUGCAAACAAACAGGACCUGCCGAAUGCUAUGAAUGCUGCUGAGAUCACAGACAAACUUGGCCUGCAUUCCCUGCGUCACCGCAACUGGUACAUUCAGGCGACCUGUGCCACCAGCGGGGAUGGGCUGUAUGAAGGCCUGGACUGGCUGGCCAAUCAGCUCAAAAACAAGAAGUGAGAGCCAGGCAGUCCUGUCCGACUGCCCCACCCACCCCUGACAUACCUGUUGUGUCCCCACCCCAGCCCUUCCCACCCCUUCCUUCCCAUUGCAAGUGUGGCUAAGGCCCUGGGUGUCGUGUCCACAUGCCCAGUAAGAGCCUUGCCUCUCCUUCCUCCCCUUCUCCUUUUUGCCCUGUCCACUGACAUGACCAGUCCCCAGUUGCUGUCCUGAUGAUGAAUCAUUCCAAUUUACUGGAUUUAAAACAAAAAUGAGGUUGUUAUGGUUUCAUGGGGGUGCCCCUCUUCUCACCCUUGGAGUUUUGGGAAGUAGAAUGGGGUAUUCUCUCCGUUUGCUUCGUUUGGCGUUGGUUGCUGUGCUCUUGGCAUCUGAGUCCCUUCCUUAUCCCCCUCCCCGCAGGCCUCUUUCCUACUCCAUCUUCCUUUCCUUCAGCACCCUCUCCUUAUUCUACAUGGAAAUUGCACGGGCCUCUCUGUGUGUGCGUGCAUGUGUGCGCCUGUAUAUACAUGUAUAGAGAGAUAUAUAUGUGGGGCUAGGGGAAAGGUUGAGGGGAGCAUAGCUCAGGGCUUAUGGCCAGGACAUUGCCCACUGGAGCUGGUCAUCUGCCCUUCUGUGUUGAUGAGAUGUAAGGAAGGUGAGAUGUUGGACUCAUUUUUCUCUUUUCUAUAGGUAGUAGUUUCUGAAUAAUAGGACAGUUGAUGAGUUCUGCACAAUCAUCAGGAGGUGGCAUUUAUCUCUAGAUGACUGUUUGCUCUGAUUGUUAGUGGGCAGAAGAGAGAAACCCACUUAAACCCAGAGUAUUCAACUGAUCUCCUACUACCCUUAGAUCUGUUCUUCAGGAGCUCAAGUGACGGAGGUGGGGGUAGUAAGACUGGUAUGUAUUUUGGACCCAGGGUCUGGAUAGAUGGGGUGUGGUAUCAUGGGACAGGCCUCAGGUUUUCCAUCUUCAUUCUCUUGUUAAUAGGAGGUGAAGCAUGGACGUCCUGUUCCAACCCCCUCCCCUCUCUGUUUAUCUUCUGAUCUUAAGGGCUGGGUGGUUUGAUCUAUCCUUUGUCAGAAGUUUUCUUGCCCUAGUAGUUCUGCUGGCCUGAUCAGGGUUGAGUGGGUGGUUUAAUGAGAAGCCAUGGAGUGGGGGUGAUGUAGCAGACCUCAAUAUCAAACCCUCUACUCUGAUUCUCUUUUUCUAGACCAGGACAAGCUAACCAAUGGAGGUUUUUUUUUUCUUUUUAAUUGUUUCCAGGUCUGCAGACCAUCCUUGCUGUCUUUUCUCCUCUAGUCCAAUAGCUUUCCUGGUCUUUCUCACUCACUCCCAUUAAAGAAACUGGGAAUUGGAGUGGAGGAUAAUGGGACCCUAAGUGGUUGCUGCUGCUGGCUGGAUGCAGUGGUCUUGAGGGUCCUCCCCUCACUAUCAUGUAUUGUUCAGAGGCUGCUGCUACAGUGUCUGUAUACAAGGGAUGCUUGUACCUGAGGCUCUGGCCUGGGGCUUGACUCAGUUUCUGGGAAGCUGUGGCUAUUUGUAGGCUCCUGUGUGUGUACUGGCUGUGCCCUGAGCUCCAAGACAGCUGCCCAUAACCUUUCUGCUAAAGUCAGGGCCCAGGGCACUCACAACAUGGCUGAGGGAUCCCUUCCCAAAAGGACUGUCUCAGGCCCUCCUCCAUGGGGUCAGGCUUCCUGUCACCCUAAUCUAUAGCAGGCAGAUUAGUACCCCCUAACCCCACUCCAGAUGGACUGUGAAAGGUUUCAGGGGUGUCUCCUUCAGUGCCAGUUACUUUGUGAUGUGUUAUUAAGAUGUAGAUAUGUGCAGGCGUCCUGCUCUCUAGGCCUUUGUGUAUGUGAAUGUAUGUGUGUGUGCGCACGUAUGUAUGUAUAUGUACGUGCAUGUGUAUGUGUGUAACGUGUGGGGGUACUGGAGGUUCUAUUUUAUUUUAAAAUGAGUUCAUUCCUCUGGCUCCACAGAUGCUUCCCUCCAUGGGUUUAAAAAAAAUUUUUUUUUGCUCUUGAUUUUUCAUGUCUUGCCCUAUUGCCUCUUCCCCUCUGAACCUUUUCCUUUGCUGCCUUUAUUCAUUCACUGCUGUUGCCUAUUUUUUUUUCUUCUCUGAUUCCCCACCCCACUCUUCGUUAUUGGUGAAGAUUUUGCCUCUUUUCCUCCCCUGUUCUCUCUGAGACCCUCAUUAAGUUAGAUGCCAGUUCAAAAUAGGCUUUCCUUGCUUCAGGCCCCACUCAUUCCCUUUAUUUUGGGAGGCUGCCAGGGCCAGUCUGGGGCUGCAGGUGCAAGGAAGCUUCCUCUAGGGUUGUGUUCUGCUGCUCCAGAUCUGUCCAGCAGGGGGUAGUAAGUGCUCUUGGUAGCAUCCCUGACUUUGAGGCCUUUGGGCAGGGUGAUUCCUUUCUGCAUUCCCAUUCACCUAACGGCUCCUUUGGGAUUGGGUGUUUCAUUCCUAUUCCGUCCACUCCCUUCCUGGCUUUCUUCAGGUGGGUUUAAGUUUAUGCUUUCUCCCUUUUUCUAGCAAUCUUCCUGGGACUCCCCUUCCCCCUCCCCCAGGUUUGUUUGUGGUGUUAUAGUGCUAAAUGCAGUUCUGAACUGGUUUUUCUCUUUCCUCUUCCUCUGGAAUAUAGACUGUAUAUGUUUAAUAACUCACCUCUAUCCUUGCUCAAAAUGUGGGAUAACGCGAUGACUGUGACCCUGGUUGGAAAUUAAACAUGUUUUAUGCA